CCGCAAGAGCCACGCCCCUCUGCAGAGUAACGUCUUUUUUCAUUAGUCUCCUUUCAGCUUUGGUCCAAUCAGCUGAGCGGUUGUUGAGAGGUGAUCCGGCUGAGGCGGUAGAGAGGGCUGCUGUGCGCUUCUGUUUGAAAAAAAGAAGAUAAUGUCGGCGAGGAGGCACAUCGGAGACCCGGAGGUUCUUAAGAAAAGAAUCCCUCAGAAUCCAAAGUACCAACAUGUGAAAACCAGGCUCGACACAGGUAACAGCAUGACCAAGUAUUUGGAAAGGAUAGAAGAGAUUAAGAGAAAUUACAGGUAUAAAAAAGAUGAACUUUUCAAACGGAUUAAAGUUACUACCUUUGCCCAGCUGGUACUUCAAGUGGCAUCUGUAUCGGAUGAGAGUGAGGCAGCCGACAUUAGUGAGGAGCUACUAAGACUGGAAGAGAGCAGUUCUGUUAUGUCAGAACUAGAUGCCGAGCUUGUGAGUGACCGGACUAAUGGGAAUGACCCUAUAAGUCCAUUCCAACUAAUUGACACCAUAGGAGGAGGGGAGAGUGUUAAUUCUGCACGAUCUACACUGCAGAGUGUUAUUAGUGGAGUUGGAGAAUUAGACUUGGACGAGGAUCCCAAGAAGACAAGUAAAAAAGAUCCUCUGUCUAGCCCGAGAUCCUUAGAACAGCCAUACCCAGAUUGCCCGUUUCUUCUCCUCGAUGUCCGUGACAGAGAUUGUUACAACCAAUGCCAUAUUAUUGGAGCUUACAACUAUCCUAUUGCAAUGCUUUCCAGAACAAUGAAUCCAUUCACUCAAGAAAUCCUAAAUUAUAAAAACGCCCAUGGUAAAAUUAUUAUCCUGUAUGAUGAAGAUGAGAGGAUAGCCAGCCAAGCCGCAACAACAAUGUGUGAGAGAGGGUUUGAGAAUUUAUUCAUGCUUUCUGGAGGUCUGAAAGUCAUAGCUCAGAAAUUCCCAGACGGCCUUUCAACUGGUUCGUUCCCAGUCACCUGCCUGCCCCAACCAACCCAAUCCAAAUCUGCUCGCAAACGCACCUCUCCAAGAGAACCUACUACAGCUGCAGAGAACACGUGGAGAUUUUCUAGUGAAAACUUGGAAAAAAUAGAACAACACCUAGAGAAAUUGCUUGUGCCAACAGACACUGCCAGUCGUCUCAGCAGAUUAUCCACUGGAAGAUCAGAGUCAAAAACAGCCAACUCCAGAAACAGCCAGGUCCCGUCGUCUGCCAGUUCUGUCGGUUCCCGAUCUAUCCGCAGCAUUAGCCCACACUCCAAGCCAUGGAAAUAAUUUGUGUUCAGCCUCUGUAAUAAACAACUGUUCUCACUCAUCCCCACAUGUCUGUACCUAGUAGAGCAGUUCUUAUUCAUGCUCCAGCAGUAUUGCUAGCUUGACAAUGGUUGCUUGGCGGGGAUGCAAGACAAAUAGAAAGCUGUUUACAAGUUAUUUAAAGCAAUGUAUAAAAAGAACACUUAACUUAAAUGGUUUAUAUUUAUAUAUAUAUAUAUAUAUAUAUAUAUAGUUGGUUGCCGUUUUCCUGUAGGUCAUAGAGCAGGUCAUCGAGAGUACCUGAACAUUUCAAGUUUAGAGACUGCGGUUACCUGUGCUUUGUACAUAACACUACACCAAUAUCCGUGUUUCUUUGACUAUCUGACUUCAUUUCUGUCCUUACAA